AUGAGCACCAUCACCAAAGUCGCUCUCGCGGGUGCCAGUGGCAAUCUCGGCCCAGCAAUCCUCGAACAGCUGCUCAAUGCCGGGUUCCAGGUUACAGUCCUCACCCGCGAGGGUAGCACUCACACUUUCCCUUCAUCCGUGAAGGUAGCGCCAGUCGACUACAACUCCGUGGCCUCAUUAACAGAAGCACUAAGGGGCCAGGAUGCCGUCAUCUCAACCCUUGCCAGCGCCGCGAUCCACGUCCAGCUUGGUCUGGUCGAAGCCGCCGGCAAAGCUGGGGUCAAGCGCUUCCUUCCUUCAGAAUUUGGCUCUAAUACGGUGAACGACAAGUGUUCCAAACUCCCAUGCUUUAAAUACAAGGUUGUCGUCCAGGACGCGCUCAAGAAAGAAGUUGAGACGAGUGGAAUGAGCUACACGCUUCUCUGCAACGGCCCUUUCUUCGACUGGGGCAUGAUGGUCGGCUUCGUGAUGAAUGUCAAGGGCAAGAGCAUUGAUCUGUACGAUGGUGGCAAUCGUAUGUUCAGCACGACAACCCUGGCAACGAUCGGAAAGGCUGUGGUCGGUAUCCUUCGACACCCAGAGGAGACUAAGAACCGCGCCGUGUAUGUGCAGGACACAGCGACGACGUUGAGGCAGCUUCUGGAAAAGGGUAAGAAGGCGGCUGGACCGGACGGAUGGACCGAGAAUAUCGUCUCUCUCGACGAGGUGGUGGCUGCAGGCUGGGAAGAGCUGAAGAAGGAGGUUCCAAACCCGGCCAGCUUCGCCCUGAACUUUGUCAAGGCAUCGAUCUGGGGCGAAGGAUACGGCUGUCACUUUGAGAAGCUUGACAAUGAGUUAUUGGGCAUCAAGGAAAUGAGCGAGGAGGAGGUUCAGGGCGUGGUAAACAGAUAUGUCAGCUCAAACUAA